UCCAUUGCCAGUUGGUCACUUGUCGGUCUUUCCUUCCUUCCAAUCUCAACUGCCCGGGAGGAAUUUCGCCUCUUUUCUCCGUCAACAAUAACUGUUCCGAUCGUCAACAGAUUUUGAUGUUAAUCACGUUUCGCCGGCUAAAACAUGAGACGAAAAUGAGGUUGUUGAACUGUGAACCAAUCCACUUCUGCAGGAUCGAAUUCGAAUGGGACGUCGUCGUAUAUUUCAGAGCUUCUUCUUCUUAUUAUUCUUCACUUGUUCCAUUCUCGUCGACGCUGAUACUGAUUUCAUAGAACAACGACCUCCAUUGACCCCGAUCAAUCGCGAUCUAUACCAUUCUAGCGAUGCCUUGAUGGGGCAAAUAAAAGCUUUGGUCAGACGUCAUCCAGACAAGCUCCAUUUGGAGUCAUUUGGAAGCACAAGCAGAGGAUACCAUGCUGAGAUGAAUGUUGUUACUUAUUGCCGGAAUAGAACAGAGAUCGAUGAUAAGUCCAAGUUCAGGAUUCUUCUUACUUUUGGCCAGCAUGGGAGGGAGCUUAUCACCUCAGAGCUUGCAUUUCGACUCUUAUCCAUCUUAAGCGAAGAACAAUUUCUACCCAAUACUGAUCAUGUCUCUUUGAACACAACCCUAGAGAGGCUUGUUGUAAAGGUGGUGCCAAUGGAGAAUUUUAAUGGCCGCAAAAUUGUUGAAGCUGGGGAUCUUUGUGAAAGAAGAAAUGGAAGAGGAGUUGAUCUCAAUAGGAACUGGGCUGUGGACUGGGGCAGAAAAGAGAAGGAUUAUGAUCCAUAUGAAGAGAAUCCCGGCACUGCUCCCUUUAGUGAGCCUGAGACACAAAUAAUGCAGAAACUAUGCACAUCAUUUGAACCGCAUAUAUGGGUCAAUGUUCAUUCAGGGAUGGAGGCACUAUUUAUGCCGUAUGAUCACAAGAAUACAACUCCUGAUGGAUUGCCUUCUCAUAAAAUGAGAUUGUUGCUCGAGUAUUUGAACCGCCUUCACUGUGAACGCCGCUGCAUGGUUGGAUCAGGGGGUGGUUCAGUUGGGUAUCUGGCUCAUGGCACUGCUACAGAUUACAUGUACGAUAUCGCAAGAGUUCCAAUGGCUUUCACCUUCGAGAUCUAUGGGGAUGAAACAGCAUCGUCGAAAGAUUGUUUCAAAAUGUUCAAUCCGGUUGAUCUUCCCACAUUCAAUAGAGUUCUUAACGAGUGGUCUGCUGCAUUCAUGACAAUGUUCAAUGUGAGCGUGAGUGAGCACUUGAAUAGAUCAUCCCUUCCGGAUUCGGAUAAGUUGAUUUCGAUAGACGAUUAUCUGAAUGGUUAUUUGGUGGAGAGGAGUAGUAGAUAUGGGAAGAAAACAGAGGUGCUGGAGUUAGGAAUGCAGGAGAUAAGAACUUAUUUCAGGCUAUUCUUGCUCUCAUGUGUGCUCUUGAUGUUCAUGUUUUGUUCUAGGAUAUCAAAGAAUAAUAGACAAGUUGUUCCCACUAUCCCUAUUUAGAGACAGUUCAUUCUUAUUUUCAUAAAU